ACUGGAGAACGCAAAUGGCUGAGUCGGAACUUCUCUUUGCUCUAAUGGAAAACGAGCAACUUAUGUGAUUUGCAAAUCAAUACUUAAAAGGAUUAUCCGCCUGAAUGGCAGGUGACCGUCUGCUAAAUCGGGCAUUCGCCACACAACAUCUACCCAGCUUCUUCAUUUGGAGCUGCGAAGUUCUUCAUAUUUCACAGCGACAACCAAGAGCAUACACUCCUCUGGUGUUAAACCAUCUCCCAGAAGAUUCUUUUCAGGUCAGUUGUCUUCUCAAUUCGAGUCUAGGCGACAAACAAGUGUUGGACAAUCCUUCUAGGCUGCGGUCUCGAAAACUGUUCCAAAUGACAGUUCUCGGACCCCAAGCCAAGACCUGCCUGCAGGAUGUCAAUAUUCCGGCAUAUACGUUGACGAGUCUGGAGCUUCCUUUUCCGUCUCAUCAUUCCUGUUCUGCAUGCAUCCGUAAGGCACCGUCCUCAUGUCCAGCAUUUACCCGUGCGCUUACUGUCCAAUCUCGUUGCAUCCUCAAUCCUCUGUCCAUUGCCCCAAUCACUGAGCGAGUUCGGAAUGCAACAAUUCUACGAACUUUUCUUCGAAAAUCUACUAAUGCAGCAGUUCCAACAUGUUUUCUGCUAUCCAUUGGUCGAGUUGUGGUUGCUCACAGAGCGCUUUUGGAAGUCAAGUGGCACACCAAACAACAUCUUCAUGUACUGAGUGCUGACGAUCGUUCCUACGCACCUAUAAUAUCGUUUACAUUCCCACUUAGCUCCUUCCUCACAUGUACUACUUGCCCAAAUGAAUGCGAGAAUAGGCUGACAAACAUCUUCAAAGAACUUGCUAAGCUGCGCCUUAUCGAAAUUUCUACGGACGCGAUCUGCUCACAUGGCAUGACUUUUCAUGAGAAUCUUUCAAGUGAAUCGAGAUUUCCCACAGAAAUGGGCAGUAGACAACCGGCCGUACACGUGAUACAUUAGUUGAUGGCAUAUGGCCCCAUUAGCAGAUUCUCAGGGCUAGAUUUGCUUCCUUUUAGAUAGACAAUAAAACUACAAUACUUCCCCC